AUGUCGAACGUACAGACCGCUACCGUAGCAGCGGGCUGCUUCUGGGGCGUCGAGCACCUAUACCGCAAGAAUUUCGGCAACGGCAAGGGUCUUAUUGAUGCCAAGGUAGGCUACUGCGGUGGCCCAAUCCCAUCACCGUCAUACCGGGCUGUCUGCUCCGGUACUACAGGACACGCCGAAUCCCUCCAGAUGACCUUUGAUCCUUCCAUUGUGACCUACCGCCAACUCCUCGAAUUCUUCUAUCGCAUGCACGACCCCACAACAGCGAAUCGUCAAGGUCCGGAUGUUGGUACACAAUACCGCAGUGCGAUCUUCACGCACGGCGAAGAGCAGCAGAAGAUCGCGGAAGAGAUCACAGACAAAGUCAGCAAGGAGUGGUAUAAGACGCCCGUUUCUACCCAGAUCGUGCCGGCGGAUAAGUGGUGGGAUGCAGAAGAAUAUCACCAGCUCUAUCUGCAGAAUAACCCUGCUGGAUAUGAGUGUCCCGCUCACUUUAUUCGACCUUUCCCUCCGCUGUCCGAUUGA